GGUUGGGGCUUGAACAUUGGGAUUUAAUUUAAUUUAAUGCAAUUUGCAUUUUGCCGUAUUGCGAAUGCGAUGUGUUGCGAAUUGCGAUUCGUACGAAUCAUAUUAAAUCUUGAAAAGUAACACAAUUUCACAAAAUAUAUUGAAUGAAAAUAAUUAUCUGAACUUCGACGCCGCUGUAUUAAAAUUGAUCUAAAAUUCGUUGUAAGAAUAACGUGGAAUGUAGAAAAAUGUGUUAUGUACUCAAUAUUUACGUACUUGCAGUGUUUUAAAAUACAUGUUUGGAGUUGCGUAAAAUUUUAUUAUUCAGUGCGUAAAAAUGUUUAAUUAUAAAUACCUUAGUCGUGAGCAUCUCGAAGGAUUUGACAAUUAUAAGUAUAUGUCAAAAGAUACAAGUCCACUGAGCGUGUAUGUAAUGCACCCUUUCUGGAAUAAAGUUGUUGAGUAUGUUCCACGCUGGGUAGCUCCAAACGUACUGACGUUCGCUGGAUUUUUGCUGACGGUGCUGGACUUUGUUUUGCUGUCAUAUUACGACUACGACUAUUUAGCGGCGAGCACGAAGGUCCACAAUGAGACCAUCACCGAGCCAUUGAAUGGACAUGCGGAAGUAAUACCGCAGUCACUGUGGUAUAUACUGGCCGUCUUUCUAUUUGUGGCAUACACUUUGGAUGGUAUUGAUGGCAAGCAGGCUCGCCGCACACAGACUUCAGGACCUUUGGGAGAACUAUUUGACCAUGGACUCGAUUCCUACUCGGUAUUCUUUAUACCAGCGUGCCUUUAUUCAAUUUAUGGUCGUAAGGAUUUCUCCAUAUCGCCUUUGAGAAUGUAUUAUAUAAUGUGGAAUCUUCUACUAAACUUUUACCUGAGUCACUGGGAGAAGUACAAUACUGGUGUAUUAUUUCUGCCAUGGGGAUAUGAUUUUAGCAUGUGGACAUCUACCUUCGUGUUCCUCUGGACGGGGGUAAAGGGUACGGGCUUCUACAAACGCUACUUGUUCGGUAGCUACACUCUCGCCAACGCCUUCGAGUGGCUUAUAUACGCGACGGGAGUUUUUACUAACCUUCCGGUCGCGCUCUACAACACCUAUCUGUCAUACAAACUGCGCACAGGCAAGAUGCGUUCACCUACGGAAGCGAUAAGGCCACUGUGGUCGCUUGUAAGCAUGUUCGCGGUGUGCUCUGUUUGGGUGCACAAGUCCGACCGAUUGCCCGACUGUGACCCGCGCGCGCUGUUCCUACUCAUUGGCACGCUCUUUAGCAAUGUGGCGUGUCGCCUUAUAGUGAGCCAGAUGAGCAACCAGCGUUGCGAGUUGCUCAACUGGUUGCUGUGGCCGCUGUCUAUGGCCACCGUGCUGUCUAUUGCUCUGCCGCAGUAUGAGCUGGCAACAUUCUAUGCGAUGACCACGCUGAGUGUCCUGGCGCAUAUACAUUAUGGAGCUUGUGUGGUUAGACAGAUGUGCGAUCACUUCAGAAUAAGCUGUUUCCACAUAAAACAACGGACGGAUUGACUUUUAGAUGACAAUGCGUGCUAAAUACAUAACAUCACAAUGCAAUAUUAUUUCCAUUGCAAUUUAAACUCUAUAUCAACGCCAUAAGAACUAUAAUUCUUAUACGAAAAUUAUGAAAAUUGUGCAUUAACACAUCAUAUCAAAAGUCAAUAGAAGAUUUAUAUUUUUUAGAUAUGUAUUAUGUUUUUACAAACACUCUCCUACUCUUUUAUUGUACUAACAAUUUCUUAUAUAUAUUGUUAGUACAAUAACAUAUGUAGUGUAAAAUGUACAUAUUAUAUAUUAUAAUGUUGCCAUAUAUAAUAUAUGUAUAAUUAUAAUUUAUAUUUUAUCUUAUAUUAAAUGAAAAUAACAUGGCAAUAUAGUUCUUAUGGCGUUACACAUAGAGAUUACAGUGCAAUGGAAUUCAACCAUACAACAUGAUAAGUGCUGAAACAUAUACAAUAUACACACUCAAAUCAAUAUUCAAAUAUGAACAUAUACAUACAUAAGGUUGACUGACUGUGAAUAUGUUGGGUUUGUCACUAUUUAGUAAAGAAUGGAAUACCUCGAAAAUAAAUGGUCCUUAAUUUAGAUGUAAGACAUACCAAAAGAAUUAUUAAUAUUUUAUUUACAUUUAUAUAAAAGCCUAAAAGUAAUUACGUUUACACCCGUGAAUAUUUUUUGUAAAAGCUAUUUUUUUUUAUUUAUAUAAAUCUGAAUGAUUACAAUUUUAAUUAACUAAACUUCUGAUUUCCAUCUAUAAUCCAUUAAGUUCGAAACAUUUGCUCCUAAAAUUUUAAACUAUCUGAAUAAAACAAAACUUUUAUUUUCUAUCAGCACUGUUGUUCUUUUUUUUUUGAUGUUAUGUUUUACUAAGAAAGUGUACAAAAGAACAGGGUACUUGUCUAUUGUCACUUCUUAAUUUCAAGUGUUUAUAGCGCGCAUUGUCUAUGGAUGUUUAUCCUAUUAUUAUUAACCUUUAUUAGUCAUUAAGUUUAUUUUAGUUUUGUUAAUUAAUAUUAUUUAAUGAAUUAAUAUUACUCAUAAAAGAAUAAUAAUAAAUUUAUGUUUGCUAGAAUAUCAAACUCAAAUAUCACUUAAAGUUGAAACUUUUCUCUCAUGCAAUUGCAUGAAUUUUUAUUUGGCAUGGAAUUAGGGAAAUUUAGGAUGACGUCAUAAGUACACUCAGUAAAAGUGAUUUUAUUACUACCCACGUAGUCAAAUGCGAUCCAAACAAUCGUAACUGAGUAAUCAUCUUUUUAACAUAAAAAUGGAACCGACUUCAAAGACUUCAGUAAUUUUGAUUUUAACACAAAAUUACUAAACCGUUUUUCAUGAAAAUGAAAUGGGACCAAUCUGGAACUAAACUCUUAAUCGAAAAAAGAGUUUUAAAAUUGGUUAACAAAGGACGAAGUUUGAGGUAACAAACUAUAAAAAAUACAUACGCAAACCUCCUCCUUUUUUUGAAGUCGGUUAAUCACAACAUAUCCCCGCACUGCCGUGGUAUGACAUUACACUGUAUCUCCAGAUACAGUGUUUUUUUUUUAUAAAUAAUUAAAUUACCUGAGCCUUAUAAUUUCUCCCACCGUAUUAUUUGAAUAACUUGCUUUGUUUAACACCGUUUUACUUAAGUUGUCUUUGUAAACAGUUCUUCAAAAUGUAUUUUUAUAGUAUUAUAUUUUUAGAUUUAUGUAUUUAUCUAGAAUGGACAUUCUUCUAUAUGUGAUGCUGGAUAUAUUUUUGAAUAGGUUAAUUUAUUAAUCAAUGUCUUGUUUUAAAAAGUGUAUAAUAAAUUUACUAUUACUUUAAUUGAAAAUUAUUAAAACUAGAUGAGAUGAAACAUGUAUUUAUGAUUUUUAAUGAAUACAUGAAAGAUCAUGAAUUUUAAAGUUAAUUUAAUAACCAAUGUCCUGUUUUAAAAAGUGUAUAAUAAAUUUACUAUUACUUUAAUUGAAAUUUAUUAAAACUAGAUGAGAUGAAACAUGAAUUCAUGAUUUUUCAUGAAUACAUGAAAGAUCAUGAAUUUUAAAGUUACAUAGUAAUUUAAUUUAUUUUAAAUAGCUUUAAUUUUUAUUUAGUUUAUGACAAUACUUGUUACUGUACAGUUAUGUCGAAAGUAGUUAAUGGACGAUUUAAAAUAAAUUUUUAUUUCCUUUAAAAUUAUUUUUAAUUAUUUUUUAAAAUGUAUUAAACAGAUUGCUGCAAUCAUGUUUUCCUUUUAUCAAUUUCUGAUAUACUAACAUAUUAUUUACAUUUACAACAUUUAACUUUAAUUAAUUAUAAUAACACUUUGUGUAGCUGUAAUUAUUUUAAUUGUAUUAUAUUGAAACGUAUGUAUUGAAAAUCUUAUUCUUAUUUUUAAUAUUGUUUUGUGUUUAUGAAUAAAAAUUGCUUCUAACAUACCAAAUGUUAGAAGCAAUUUUUAUUCAUUGCAUUUAAGGAAGUGAAUGGUAUUAUGAUCUUAAUUGUUUUUUUUUCUGUUUCUUUUUUAUACUCAAGAUAUUGUAAAUUUAUUUAAAAAUUCAGUAUUACUAGCAACAAGAAAUCAAAGUAGUUUUACCAAAUCAGUUAUAUUUUGUAAUGUGUUUUAAAUGAAUAUUGUUUUGGCAAUAACUUAAUUUAUUUACAUCAUUUCGCUGUGUUCUAAAUCUAUAAAAAAAGCAACAAAAUGUUAUAAAAAUUAAGGAUUAAUAGGAGGCAAGAAUAAAUACAGUAGUCUCACUAAUCAGGCACUGCUUAAAACUAAAUGAUGCUAGAUUAUUGUAAUGUUCAGAUUAUCAAUACAAUUAAAUAAAAAAAAAAUACAUAAUAAACAAAAAAAAUAUAGACUCGAAUUGAGAACACCUUCCUUUUUUAAAGUCUGUUAAUAAGGCAAAAUCCAUUAAUAGUAUAUUAUACUAAAGGUAGCGUUGCGUCGUUGACGACGUUUCAAUGUACGACGGUCAGUGCUAAUUUUGUUUUGUAUGUCAUGGUCUCUACAGUGAGACUGACUGGGCGAGUGUGGUGAGCGUCAUGCGUCAACGCAACGCUAGUGUGGCAUACAAUGCGUUGAUCCGUUGCGACGACGCAACGCAAUACACUAAUGAGGCACCGCCCUUAGUGAGACUAUUGUACAGUGACUUCGAACAGGGUGUUAUAUAUUUGUCAUAACUUUCGACCUAUUAAAUAUUCCUUUUCACAUCAAUGUAAGGAUUCUACACUUUAGGUAAACAUUUGAUUUUUGUACUGUGACGACUUGUAUUGAUGGUAAUUUACCAAUGAAAACUAAGCAAAAAAUCGUGGCAACUAAUGUAAUUAUACCUAUAUACUAUUUAUUGAUAAAACAGGUUCUGGCUUACCGAAAUUUAAAGCAGUUUCUUACUGUAAUUUAGACUGAGUAAAAAAGGAGGAAUAUUUAGCAUACGAAAUAUGUAUAUGGUAUUUUAACAGCCGAAUUCAUAAACGUUGUAGGGGCACCCCCACGGGAUCAUUCACCCGCUGAGUGUCAAAAUCUCAAACAAAUAGAGGUUAAAUUCGACACUCAGCGGCUGAAUGAUCCCCUAGGGGUGUCCCUACAACAUCUAUGAAUUCCACUGUUAAAUAAAAUUCGAUGUAUUACUUUUAAAUUGAAUACGAUGUAUUAUAGUCUGAUGCAAUCUUUAUGACGUUUCAGUACAUCGUGCGUUAAGCUGCGCAAUACAAGACUUUUAGGUAUCACCGGUUACGUAGGGGCGCGGCGGCAAGGCAUCACAUCACGCGUAUGGAUGACCUGCGUUUAGGGACAUUCGCAGCUUAUUUCUGAGACGUCACAAAAAUUCCAUUCGACUAUACCAAACUUUGUCUCACUAAAAUAAAUGAACAAAAUAUAUGAGUAGUAACUAUACUAUCUAUACUUAUAAUAAAUCUGUAGAGAGGUCAAUUCUGUAAAUGAAAUAUAUUUCCAAAAUAACUAUCAGGGGGUGAUUAGUGAUCAAUACUGAUGCCAAAAAUGCAAUCAGUAAAAUUUUUGUCUGUCUGUCUGUAUGUUCGUUAUAGAAACAAAAACUACUCGACGGAUUUGGACGAACGAAACUUGGAAAAUUAUUCUUCAUACUCCUGGGCAGGUUAUAUUAUACUUUCAUCACGCUACGAUCAAUAGAAGCAGAGCAGUGAAGGAUUUCCCAUCAUUGCUCUGCUCCUAUUGAUCGUAUUUCGGAUAGGAAAACGGGAGAAUUUACUGCAUUUUUACAGCGAUACUACUGUAAGGGCUGGAUUAAAGAGGUCUAAGGGCGGGAGAAGUCGCGGGCGUCUGCUAGUGUUUAAUAAAGCCAGAUAAAGAAUGUAAACAAAUUGUUGUUCACUAUCACAUGUGACUUAGUAACGUUCAGAUGUUAACGUAUUUUAGCUCGUUUUAAUAAACACACUAUGGUGAGUGUGAGACAAGAUACACUUGGUAUUUUUUUCGGUUUGCCAGAAACUGCAUAACUUAAAAUAUCUCUCUAGCAUUUAAACUGUCGUGAGUGACGUUCAUCUCAAUGGAAUUUAGAAACAAAUGUUUUAGGGUGGAUUAUUCAAUAUUGAUGUCAUAAAGUUCAUGUAGGUAUUUGUAAACCAUUUUUGUUUUUUAAUUUUCAAAGUAUACGAGUAUUUUAGUAGACUUAUGGAUGCCCCGUGACUUCUGCUUGAAAUUAAGUUUUUCGCAAAUCAAGAACUUUUGUAUGAUAAAAAGUUGUCAUUAACAGUGUUUUAGAACGGUUGCUAAGAACUUAAGUUACUUAGUAAUUUAAGUUAAUUAGGUUAAGUUAAUUGGGUACCUGAGUUCUCAUAAUAUGCUGAGAAAAAUGUAAAAAAAAUAUGUUAGACACAGGACCGUUGAGGACUCUGCUUCCUUCCACCACCAUAGUCAAAAAUACAUCAUUGACUAUACUUACUUAGCUUAAUUGAUGUAGGUACAAUUGUUUCUAAAUUUCACGAGAUGAAGAAAUAUUUCAGUUGGUUGUAUUUUGGAACAUGUUCUUCCCAAUUUUGCCUUGAUUGUGAUUGUGAUAGCUUAGUAAUAAUCUUAGCUAGCUAGAUAAUCGCUUAUACACUUACAUACUUCACACUGUCAUUGCUUUUCACUGAUCACUAUUAUCAUGUGACAAUAUAAUUUUAAGAAAAUC